UUAUAACGUUCAAUUUCAUGAAACAGGUGUUAUGUGAGAAGCAAUUUUUCACAUGUGUUAAAUUUAUGAGAAAAGGAAUUUAUGCGUAAUAUGGUACAAAAUCAUUCAUCAUAGCAUUCCAGAAGCUGUUUUGUUAAAGAGAAAAAUCUAAAUAUGAGCAAAUUGUAUAUUACUUUAAUAAAUAUGGUGAUUCUAGUUGUGGCACUAUCCCUUAACCCUGACGACCCUGAAUGUGGACCUGAACACGAUGAAAUACUAUUUCAAGAAAAUGAAAAAGUGUGCAAUCAUUGUGCCAGUUUAAUACCGAAUACAAAUGUACCCGGAACUUGCAGAGUCAAUUGCUUCAAAACUCUUCACUUCACUGCAUGUGAAAAAAUUGUGAAACAGCACAUUGAAGAAGAAGCAAAAGAAUCAUCCAAAGCUUAGUUAUUAUUGUUGAAAAAUUUAAAAUCAUGCUUCCCAAAAAGUUUUUUUAAUUCAUUGUCUGAUAAUAUGCUUAAAAAUAAAUUCUUACUAUUUAAUGUGCAUGCAUUA